CGAUAAUUUUUUUAAAAAAUAGUUAUUGCUUUGAAAAUAACAGAGCUCAACAUUGGUGGUUGUGACUAGAUGCUAAUAAUUUGAUAGUGUUUUUCUUGUAGUACCGCCUUUCUGGCCUCCAGAGGGUUCAGGAAGGAGUGUUAUUGAUCAGUUGAAGCUUUUCCGGAAGGAAAGAAGAGAUAGCGGGUGCCCUUCGUUUUUGUGGGUUCCUGCUUAUUUCUCCAUCCAGAUUUCAUGUUUUUUCUUGUGGAUAACUAGCAUCAGAAGAAUGUCACUUGAUCAUCAUCCUGGAUUUGAUUCGGGUGGAGCUUUAUGGUUUCAGAAUUUGACCGAAGUUCCCAAUGGUCUUUAUGGUCCUCUUUUCCCCUUUUUAAUAGCUGGUUUGCAUUACACAAACACACAGAUAACUUUUACAGCAUCCUCAGUUCACAAAGUUGAUAAAUUCGCGGAACUGGCAAAAACUUUCAAGAUGUUUUUGAAUUUUUUGACAUUUGCUCUUUAUGGCCUUUCAUUCCAAAUGCCUCAGGGAAGUCUACUCUACUGGGCUACCAAUUUGUCAUUCAGCAUAGCUCAGCAAUCAAUCCUUAACCACCCCGUUGUAAGUGCAAAGUUGGGCCUACAAGCAAAUGACUCUGUACAGAAAGAGGCUGGCAAUCCUAUAUUAACAAACAUUAAUGAAGCAAAACUUACUGAUUCAUCCUCAAAAGGACGCUUGAUCUCAGGGCAUAACUUAACCCCUAAAGAGUUGGUUGCUCUUUCUGCCAAAUACUUAUCCGGAGGGAACAAGGAUAAAUCAAUUCCGCUAUUAAGAUUGGCAUUAGAAAAAGAUCCUGAAUACCUUCAAGCUAUGGUUAUUCUUGGCCAGGCUUUAUAUCAGAAAGACCAGUUUGCUGAAGCUGCAAAAUACUUAGAGCUGGCUGCUUCAAAGCUUCUUGAUACCAGUCCAACAGAAGUUGAAGAAGUCGAUCUUUUAAUUGUUGCAUCCCAAUGGGCAGGUGUCUCCAAUAUUCGCCAGGGAAAGACAUCGGAAGGAAUCACUCACCUUGAAAGAGUAGCAAACAUGAAAGAGCCUGACGAUCCCAAGAGCAAAGCUCAUUACUUGGACGCAUUGGUACUCUACUCAAGUGCUAUAUUCAACGAAGGAAGGAGAGAGGAAGCAGCAAAGUAUUUGAGAAGAGUGGUGGCUUAUGAUCCUUCCUUCAGUGAAUUGUUGAAACAAUGCGAAGAAGAUAAUAAUACCAUUCCCACUUCUUCUUCAUCUAAUUCUGUCAACAAAACUUCAUAACUUUUUUUUUUCUUCUAUUGGUUUCUUUCUUGUUUCUUCCAUCCUUUACUGAUUUUCUUUGGGUGUUGCACCAUUUUUUGGUUAAUCGUAUUCGCGUUACAAAUGUGGAUAGAUUAUUUUCUUCUAUUCUAUUUGAAAUAAGUAUGUAUACGAAUAUGAUUAUACAACAGAAUAAAAGCAAAUAUACAUAUUAACAUUAA